AUGAUAGCAGAAUGCUCGACGACGAAGGCUCGUGCUUGCGAGCUGACUCUUCCGCAUGCAUCUCUAUUGACCCCUGUCUUUAUGCCUGUAGGCACCCAAGGCACUCUCAAAGGAUUGUUACCUGAACAACUGAAGAAACUUGGUUGUAAUAUAAUGUUAGGAAACACCUAUCAUCUCGGCAACCGGCCGGGACCAAAUUCGUUGGAAAAUGCAGGAGGUCUACACAAGUUUAUGGGUUGGAAUCGAAAUUUACUUACGGACAGUGGUGGCUUUCAAAUGGUGUCUUUAUUAAAAUUAGCCAAAGUUACAGAAAAGGGGGUAGAAUUCCAGUCUCCACAUGAUGGAACGAUGAUGAUGUUGACACCAGAGAAAUCCAUUGACAUCCAGAAUUCUAUAGGUGCUGAUAUUAUAAUGCAGUUAGAUGAUGUGGUCUCAAGUUUGGUGAGUGGUCCUCGUGUUGAAGAAGCAAUGCACAGAACAAUCCGCUGGUUGGAUCGAUGCCUAAAAGCUCAUAAAAGACCUCAUGACCAGAAUCUCUUUCCAAUUGUUCAGGGAGGUCUUGAUCCCAAACUUCGACAACAGUGUGCAGAAGAAUUAAUUCAAAGGGAUGUUCCCGGAUUUGCAAUUGGUGGUCUCAGUGGUGGAGAACAAAAGGAUCAGUUUUGGAGAAUGGUGUCACUCUCUACAGAUGUACUACCCAAAAAUAAACCUCGGUACCUAAUGGGUGUAGGCUUUGCUGAAGAUUUGGUUGUUUGUUCAGCACUUGGCUGUGAUAUGUUUGAUUGCGUCUUUCCAACUCGUACAGCCCGUUUUGGCACAGCUUUGGUAUCAAAUGGACAAAUGAAUUUAAAAAACAAAAAAUAUGCUCGAGAUUAUCGUCCUAUAGAUGAAAACUGCAACUGUUCAACAUGUCAACAGUACACGCGGGCUUAUUUGCACACAAUUGUUACUUAUGAAUCUGUGGCAUGUCAGUUACUCACAGUUCAUAAUAUAGCCUAUCAGCUUAACCUGAUGCUGUCAAUUCAUAAAAGCAUAAAGGAAGAUAAAUUUCCAGAGUUCAUCAAAGACUUUUUUCUGAAGAUCUACACAGACAGAAAUUAUCCAACUUGGGUUAUUGAGAGCCUCUCAAAAAAUAUUAAUAAUGGAAUUCAAACGCUAGAUGAAUUAUCUCCCUUACUUUUACACCGGAAUUUGUUGAGAUUCACAACACGUGUUUUUGAGGCUUUAAAAUGGCUGCUGCAAAGAAAAAGAAGAAUGUCCCAACAAAAAUAUCGAAAAAUAAAAUAUAGUUUCAGGAAGCACAAAAGAGUUCCAAUGAAAGACAAGGAAGGGAAAUUUAAAGCUUUACGAGCGAAAAACGAAUCCGUUCCUGAUAGAAAACUAGUGGAUGAAAAAGUUAUUCAGCGUUAUAAACGUGGGAAAAGAGUAAAAUUACAAAAUAUGAAGACUAGAUUCCACAAAUCCUAUUACAAAAAAAAGGAAAAACUUUUGGAUUUUGCUGCUGAACAGUCAGCGCGAUCUGAGCUACUCCUGCAAGAAGAAACCGGUUAUAUGGACGUCUCUCUAGUUUCUCAACAGAAGAUUGCAUCAGAAGUAGAUAUAACAAGUGCCACAAAGUUUUUUGAGUUAAACCUUGAGUUUGGCCCUUACAAGACUGAUUACACAAGAAAUGGCCAAUUUCUUCUUCUUGGAGGCAAAAAGGGCCAUGUUGCUGCUUUAGAAUGGCAGACAAAGAAAUUACUCAGUGAGUUUAAUGUUAUGGAAACCAUAACUGAUAUCCAGUGGUUGCAUCAAGAGACAAUGUUUGCUGUGGGACAAAAACAAUGGACAUACAUCUAUGACAACCAAGGCAUUGAGCUUCAUUGUUUAAAAAUUCUGAACCACACAACCAAAAUGGAGUAUCUGCCAUAUCACUUUUUGCUUGUUGCUGGUAAUGCCGAAGGGUUUCUCACCUAUUUAGAUACAUCUAUUGGAAAGAAAAUUGUCAGUUUACGUACACUUCAAGGAAGCUUGAAUGUCAUGUGUCAGAAUCCAUCCAAUGCCAUCAUACACUUAGGACAUCAUAAUGGAACAGUUACAUUAUGGUCCCCCAAUGUUAAAUCUCAUCUUGUCAAAGUCCUUUGUCAUCGAAGUAAUGUCCGAGCAGUAGCUGUUGAUUCUCAAGGACAGUAUAUGGCAACAUCUGGCAAUGACUGUGUUUUAUUGAAGAUUUGGGAUCUAAGAACAUAUGGACUCCUUCAGUCAUACAGAAUCAGUGCUGGUGCCAGUUGCUUGUCCUUCAGCCAGAAAGGGAAGUUAGCUGCUGGCGUUGGAAAUAUUGUGCAAGUUUAUGAUGAUUGUUGUUCAAAGACCGUAACCAGUCCUUAUUUGUUACAUCGUUUGCCAUCCAGAGCUCAGCAUGUAAAAUUUUGUCCUUAUGAAGAUGUCCUUGGGGUAGGACAUGAAAAAGGAUUUCAAAGUCUCCUUGUGCCUGGUGCUGGUGAGGCGAGCUUUGAUGCAUAUGAAGUUAAUCCAUUCCAGUCAAAGUCUCAACGUCGUGAGACUGAAGUGAAGAUGUUAUUAGAUAAGAUCCAACCAAGUAUGAUCCAUCUUGAUAGUAAGAAGAUCUUGGAACCGGAUUUGAAAUCAACUGAGGAAAUUAUGGAUGAAAAGAAAAAACAGAUGGAGGUUACUUCUAAGACGAAUUUCAAACUGAAGAAUAAAAUGAAGGGUGGUAAUCGCGCAGGAAAUGUGAUGAAACGCAAAAGUGCAAUAAAAGAUGAACAGAAGAGAAAUAUCCGCAAAGCACAUUUGAUGGAACAGAAAGAAAAAGAAUGGAAAGCCAAAUACAAUAUUGAAACUGAUAAGGCUUAA